CUACUGUUUGCAUUCUAUGAAUGUGCUCUUUUUCUGCUUGUGGACACUCUCAGAGUCACAGCCGAGUGAAUAGGAAGGAAAAGGUGUAGUUUAUAUCGAUUGCCUUCCACAAAGAUUUUCGUUUGAGUUCUGAUGUUUAAGGGAAAAGAAGGGCCACUGAUUACCUUGGUGAGGACCUGUUGACGAAUGAAUUGUGGAGUGUAAUAUUAUUGUGUAAUAUGCUUUGAUCGGAAAGUUCAGACAAGCCAUUUUACAUUCAUAGGUUAACUCUUUUUUCUGCGAAUUUUCAGUAUAAUAAUACUAUAGUGGAAAUGCACUAGUGUAUGGGUGCCUAUUGACACUGAGGAGAGGAGGACGAUAACUUUUACGUAUCACUUCUCGUGUGCUCUGUUUUAGUUUUUAGCUUAUAUUCUCUUUUCUUUUUUUAUUAAGAGUUUUACGCAAAACCAUACCAGAGCACCCACCAACCACCUACACGCGAUCUGCGGGCUCGCAGCUGAUUUGUUAUUUUGCAAAACAAUAAUGUAUAUUAUUUACUGCCGAAGUGUGAGUAUGGUGGUUCCGUUGGUCCAUCGUUUACUUACUGCCGAUGUACCUGUGUUCCGUGUCUGGUUUCUGCUCACCCUCGUUCACGUGACCUGGUCUGCUGUUUUGACAACAUCGUCACUGCCGCCUGUUGUGUCUGUGAGCAGCGUGUGCCAAGAUACCCCUACGACAGACACGUCGUCCCUGUGCACGGAGUUUGUCGUGAGCCAGUCCGACUGUGUGGAGAUAGACUGUAAGGGGAAAGGCAUCGUCCAACUCGAAGCCUCCUGGUUUCCCUGUAACGCAUGCAAACUGGACCUCCAAUACAACGCGCUGGAAAUCAUACACAACACAUCUUUUGCUCGCCUCUCCAGACUCCGCUGGCUAAGUAUGAGAUUCAACAGAAUUAGAAAAAUCAAACCUUUCGCUUUUGACAACCUUGUCAGUCUCGAGUAUUUAAACCUAGAGUUUAAUUAUCUAGAACUCUCUGCUGCUUCCUAUCCAUCACAUCUCUUCUCACCUUUGACACAACUGAAGACUCUGAGGCUUGCUCACCAAAACAGCCAAGCGUUAGAUUCGUACCCUCCAGAUUUUAUUUUCAACAUGACAAGCCUGAGAGCUCUGUCGGUCACAACGGUGGGUCAAGUUCUACAUUUCGGGCCAGAAUUUUGUCAACUACAGAAUUUGUCUCGUUUAGAAAUUUCCGGGCCAGUCAGACAGAUCACAAACUCCAGCUUUGAAGGACUGGAAUGUUUAACUCUGAUAGAGCUUUCUUUAAACAAACUACCUUCCUUGACAAUAUUUGAGCUAGAUGCCCUCAAGCCAAUAAACCGGGGUUUACGAUCACUCCAUAUCAGUCAUGUUUAUGUAGGCGUUCAAAAGAUCUUACAGAUUUUGAAUCCCUUAAAAGGAUGUGAUAUGUAUGAAAUUUAUUUUGAGCACGUAGGUCUAUACACCAAAAUGACAGGUUUUUCUGUUCUUACUGGAGACGGAAUAAUUAAUGGUAACUCAGCUGAGUACUUGAAGGACAUCUGUGUGAAGAGACUAUCACUGCUAAAAUCCCAUAUAUUUCUCUUGGAUUCUUUCGUUUUUCAAGGAGGUCGUAUAGUAAAAUGCCUGAAAUACUUGGAUGUGUCAGGAAAUACGAUUCUGGGCUCUUUUGCUGCUUUAUUUUACACUCUAAAAAUACCUACGCUGGAGAUAUUUGCAAUCAUCAAUAAAAGUCGUCAUUACAUACACAGCGACUUAGAGAAAACGAUAUUGGAAAGGAACACUCCUCUUGAAAGCCCCAUUCCGCCAGAGCAGGUGUGUUCGAAGGGCGACAAUCAUCCUAGCCCCCACCAAGCAAAACAAGAUAACCCGAUGAUGAUGUUAUCCCACACAAGAAAGCAGCGAGGAGCGAUGACAAUGUUUUAUGUAUCCAGAAAUUUAAAAGCCCUAAUUUUUCAUCUCGAACACGGUAAAACACAUUUUGCUGGUGAAACCACAAUUAUGCAUGCUGAUAAGUUGGAGGUCUUGAUUUGCAGAGAUAAUGGUUUUAACAGUUUCACUGGACAUUUAUACGGUGUAGAUCACAUAAAAGUAAUAGAUCUAUCAUAUAACGAUUUUUCAAACACUGCUUUCAGUUUUACUGAAAAUUUCACUGGAAUUGAAACAUUGGUGCUAUCUCACGUCAAUUUUAAUACUCAUUUCAUGUCAAAGGAAAGCCAUAGUGUCUUCCAUUCGAUGUCCUACUUGAAAAGUCUCGAUCUGUCCUCUAACUCUCUUGCUGAGCUUAGUGUAGGGACAUUCCGAGAAAAUGACAAACUAGAGUCUCUGAAUUUAGCAAAUAACAAAUUUCGCUCUGUUCCAUUUGAUCUCUCUCUUACGCCUCAGCUACGACAUCUGGACCUAAGUAAAAACGCCAUUUUUCAGCUGAGCAUCAAACAGUGUCAUGAACUAGAUCUGCACUCCGGCAAAAUCACAGAUUUUCGUCUUGUGCUUAAAGACAACAUGCUGUCCUGCAGCUGUGACUCAAUCUCCUUUCUUUGGUGGCUUGGGCACACUACUGCUCUCUUGGAUGACGGUGGCAACUACACCUGUAUCACAGCACCGGGUCAACUAAGCUACACCUCAGCAUACACAGACACCCGCGCCCUCUGGCGAAAAUGCUUCGGGAAAAUGUUUCUGUGGCUCUCACUUGUACUUCUGGCUGUGAUGAUCAUCGGCUUUCUUGCUGUCGUGCUCAUCUCUCGACACAGCAACUACCUCCGUGCUGCACUUUUCAAGAUCAUUGACCAAACAUUUAGACUAAAAACUUUGGAAGACUACCCAAUCGGGGUUUUCGUCGGGUAUGCUGAAAAAGACUAUCGCUUUCCUUGCCUCCAGCUCCUGCCGUAUUUAGAAGACCUUCACCUCACCGUUUAUGUCCGGGACCGCGAUAUGCUGCCCCACGAGAACGUUGCCACGGCCAUUAUGGAAGCUAUCAAAAACAGCUGGAGAGUAGUUCUUGUGAUCACAGAGGCUUUCCUCUCCUAUGACAAGUGGUCAGAGUUUACCAUGAGGUCUGCUGUGUACUCCCAGUGCCCCCAGAACCCGGCUAAGGUGGUGCUCGUGGUAGAGGAGAGACUUCGUAACCGACUGCCCACACAGCUGGUGGCAGGCGUAGGGGACGAGAACGUUCUGUGUUUGGAGAGACUUGUCAUGUGUUAUGAACUGACACAGGGGCUGAAGACUCUUACUUUACAGAAUUGAGUAAGCAGAUUGCUGAAGGGCGCCACUCGUAGGUCCUACUUCUUUUCUUUCUCCCUGUUGUUUCAGUCUGUCUGUCUGUCUGUCUGUCUGUCUGUCUGUCUGUCUGUCUGUCUGUCUGUCUGACUAACCUUUCCCCUGCAAUAAAUGACAUUUUAUGUGUCGGUGUGCUUCUUUUUAGUCAAACAAACAAACAAGCAAACAAACAAGAACUAAAUAACCUUAGGAUCUCGGAUAUUUUGGCAGUGCGUGUAUGUGUGUGUGUAUGUGUGUGUGUGGUGUGUGUGUGUGUGUGUGUGUGUGUG